GAAAAUGUCUUCUCAUCAAACAUCUCAAUGGCAUCAGAGCGAUGCUGCAGAGGAUAUUCCUCUAAAGAGCUUGAAGCUCUUAGGGAAGAAAGAAUUUGUUUUCAAGAAAAAGAAGCCUAAAAGCCGCAAAUCAGGGAAAAGCUCUACUUCUCAUACAAAGAACAGCAGUUGCCAGAUGAGUAAAGCUUCAAAUCAGCAAGAAACAAUCCAAGGAAGCUGGAGCAGAGCUCCCACUACAAUGAAAAGCAAUUGAGCACUCAGACCUAAAUUUAGAGUCACUGGUAGUCUUUGUCAACAAGAUUUGGAUCAGAUCCACGAAAAUGUCCUCAGGAAUUCAAACCCGGACAAACUUUCAAUAUUUACAAAUAAUUUUAAAGAUAUUAGAAAUCCUUACCAGAGACAUCACUUACAAGAGGCGAUCAGGAGCCACACAGAGAAGACCUUAGCCACUGAGAGAUUUCAUGAACAGGAGAAAAUGAAUCAUUUAAAGCACAACCUCGAGCUGUUCCUUGACUCAAUUGACCAUGAGCGUCAUAAGAAGAUAAAUAAAAAUCGAAAAUAAUAUCAAAGAGUUAUAUCAAAUGAAGUUCAGACCGAGAAGUUCUUCCUCAACUUUCUCUUUUAUGAAAGAGAAUCUAGCGAAAGGCAAUUUUAAUAGAGAUCAGGAGAAGGAUAACAGAAGAGGUCUCUCCAAAGAUGGCCAAAUAAAAAUUCAGCAGACCUCAAAUAAGCAACAGUCGGUUCGUAUGCCGGUCAUGCUUAAAUAAAAGUCAAAGCAUCGGAGAGUUUGAUAUUCAUAAAGCGAACAAUUUUCUUCAAAAUAAAGAUAUUUCCGAGAUACUUGCUCAUCAGGUAACCCAUAAUUCUCAAAGCACACACCCCCGAUACUUCCAGGUCCCCCCAAAGAGCACUACCUCCCUGGCCCCAAACAAUCCCGGACCCAACCCCACAAAAUCCUCCACAAAAGCCUCCCAAAACCGUCGAAAAUUCGAGCUAAACUUCCUCAUAAACCAAAACGCUACCGUCAACAUAAUAAAUUCCACGAACAAAUAAAGUCAAAGAUGCUAAGAAGGCUAAAGUGAGUUUUCAGAGGAAAUUGAGGAAGGAAGUUAGAAUUGCGAAGAAGAUUAGGUACUUGAAGCAAAGGCCUAGAACUCAACAUAAAGCCUCUCGAAAGUGCACCCAAAAGGACAAAUUCCCCUCUAAAACCGCUCCCAGAGACCACCAAAACCUCGGCUACAUCGACUACCACCUACCUCCUAACCCAAACAAUCACGAAUUCAACGAAUCAAGGUCUUCACUCUCAAGGCCAAGCAACCUCCCAGCCACUAACCAAAAAUACCGAAACCUAGAAAUCAUCCCCACUGCCAAAGACGACUCUCAUACCGCCUCCCAAGAGAAAGCCCACCUGAGCCAAGAAGCAGCAGACAGUUUCUGCGGCAAAAGUUGAAGAAUGCUGCCCAUCCACAGCCAUUCGAACGCUUAG